AUGAUCAGAAUCGUGCUUGUACUUUGCCUAGCUUCCGUGGCUCUUGGAAGAGUUCUAGAUCUCCCAACUCCACAUGAUUUCAUCAGUGCUGUGCAAGAUCUGCAAAAUGGAGCAGAAAUUACUGAAGACUUUGAAAGUCGAAUUGUGGGUGGUAGUACAGCAUCUCCUGGACAGUUUCCCUACCAAGCUGGUUUGAGAACAUCUGCAAACGGCCAUUUCUGCGGAGGAUUCGUGGCCAACAAUCGUUGGGUCGUUUCUGCUGCCCAUUGCACUGUUGGACGCACAACAGGCAACACAAUCGUUGUUCUAGGUGCUCAUUCCAGAACCACCGGAGGAACAACCUUCUCCCUCUCCCGCAUCGUUAAUCACCCAGACUACAAUGCUGCCACAAUUGCCUGGGACGUCUCAGUUGUACAGACAAGCAAUACUAUUGCCUUUACCAACCUAAUCCAACCCAUUCCUCUGGGAUCUAACCACAUCGGAGGCGGAUUGACCGCUGUGGUUUCCGGAUGGGGCCUAACUUCCUCUCCUGGAAGCAUGGCUGCCAACCUUCAGUUCUUGCACGUGCAAACAUUAACCAAUGCAGCUUGCCGAACUGCUCUGGGAGCCAGCGGAAGUCUAGUCUUUGAUCAUAAGAUCUGUGCCGGAGGAGUUGUAGGACAGGGAGUUUGCUCAACUGAUUCUGGAGGACCUUUGGCUCUAGGCAACACAGCUAUUGGCAUUGUUUCCUGGGGAAUUCCCUGUGCAAGAGGCUUUCCAGAUGGAUACGACAGAGUGUCGUCCCACAGAACUUGGAUCUUGGCACAAUUCUAG